AUGCAAGCAACUACAAAGACAAAGACAGAGAUCAAAAAACAAACAAAAGAAAAUACUCAAGCAAAUGCAAGAAUCGUGAAGGCGUCGUCGUCGUCGUCGAGUACACAGCCGUCGUCUGCAGAACCACGGCAAACAACAAUAGAGAUCGCUGACACCGGAAAGAGCAACGGUGGUAUACACGAUGCAAGUUCAGCCAUCAAAAAGCCCCAAAAGAAACAAUAUUUGGAUGCAAAAAGAAGAGACUCGGCCCCAAGUGCAAGUCAAAGAAUUUUGGGCAAGGUAAAAGAUAAGAUAGGAAGAUAA